UUCACCCGUUAGCCCAGCUGUGCUCUACCUGCUCCCUGACAUGGUUCUCUACCAGGGGGCUCAAGAGCAUGGACUCUGCUACCAUCAAAGUCUUCUCUGCAUAUCCCUCAUUCCUCAGACCUCCCUUCAACCCCAACAGAGACCCUAACAGGACCCGAGCCCACCUACUGCUGCACAGUGCCAAGCCAUGACCGUCACCUACACAAACAAAGUAGCUAAUGCCCGUCUCGGUUCCUUCUCCUGCCUGCUCCUGUGUUGGCGUGGCAGCAUCUACAAGCUGCUGUGUGGGGAAUUCCUCAUCUUCAUGUUCCUCUACUACGCCAUCCGUGGAGUCUAUAGAAUGGCUCUCUCGAAUGAACAGCAGCUGUUGUUUGAGAAGCUGGCUCUGUACUGCGACAGCUACAUUCAGCUCAUCCCUAUAUCCUUUGUUCUGGGUUUCUAUGUGACGUUGGUGGUGACCCGCUGGUGGAACCAGUACGAGAGCUUGCCUUGGCCGGACCGCCUUAUGAGCCAGGUGUCAGGCUUCGUGGAGGGCAAGGACGAGCAAGGUCGGCUGCUGCGGCGCACACUCAUCCGCUAUGCCAUCCUGGGCCAAGUGCUUAUCCUGCGCAGCGUCAGCACCGCGGUCUUCAAGCGCUUUCCCACUCUUCUGCACCUGGUGCGAGCAGGCUUUAUGACCAAUGAGGAGUAUAAGCAUUUGCAGAAGUUGGGCCUACCACACAACUCAUUCUGGGUGCCCUGGGUGUGGUUUGCCAACCUGUCAAUGAAGGCCUAUGUUGGAGGUCGAAUCCGGGACACUGUCUUGCUCCAGAGCAUGAUAAACGAGAUGUGCACCUUGCGCACUCAGUGUGGACAUCUGUAUGCCUACGACUGGAUCAGCAUCCCACUGGUGUACACACAGGUGGUGACAGUGGCAGUGUACAGCUUUUUCCUCGCAUGCUUGGUGGGGCGACAGUUUUUGAACCCGGCCAAGAACUACCCCGGCCACGAGAUGGACCUCGUCGUGCCUGUCUUCACCAUCCUACAAUUCCUAUUUUACAUGGGCUGGCUGAAGGUGGCAGAGCAGCUCAUCAACCCCUUCGGAGAGGAUGACGAUGAUUUUGAGACCAACUGGAUCAUUGACAGAAACCUGCAGGUAUCCCUGUUGUCUGUGGAUGAGAUGCACCAGGAUUUGCCUCCCAUGGAGCGUGAUAUGUACUGGAAUGAGGCAGAGCCUCAGCCACCCUACACAGCUGCUUCUGUCCAGUAUCGUCGACCUUCCUUCUUGGGCUCCACCUUCAACAUCAGCCUGGACAAAGAAGACAUGGAGUUUCAGUCAAAUGAGGAUGAUGAAGAUGAGGAGAACCCUGGCGGCAUCAUUGGACGCUUCUUAGGGCUGCAGUCCACUGAUCACCAUCCUCCCAGGACAGAUUCAAAGACCAAACUAUUGUGGUCCAAGAAGGACCCCUACCUCGAGGGCCAUAAGGCCAAGCAGGAAGAUAAUGCCUGGAAACUUAAGGGUCUGGAUACCUUCAGGGCCACUCCACUGUUUGAAAGGCCAGGCUACCACAGUGCCCCACAGACACCACUCAGCCAUACUCCCAUGGUCUUCCCUCCUGAGCAGUCAGCAGCCUCCAAGCCUUACUUAGUCACAGGUGAUGGGCAUUCCCGAGAGCACCAAACAAAGAGGAAAACUGUGGAGUUUAACUUGAACAUUCCGAAGAAGAGCCCCACAGAACGUACUAGAAAACACCAUUUGGACCAGGGGCCAACCAACACACACACUACACGGAAGGAGCACGUAGAGCCCCAUCCCACCUUGGAAAACAGGGAUGAAGCUGGCACCUAACCUGUUCCUAAGACUGAUGCUUCACGGCCUGGUCCUCACCUGCACGAAUGCCAGCAGGACACUGACCCAGUCAGAGGCACACAGUGUGUGAGACACCCGAGAGUAUGUUCCCAUGACAGUCUGGCAAGUAAUUCAGAACCAGGGGUGCUGAGUCCUGUCUGAACACACCUGUGUCUUACGGUCUUUCCCAAACUAAGGAGUUUAAUAAAUAUAAGUGUUCUUUUUA